GACAUUCGUCUCGUAUGUGUCACACCGCAGUUGGCACUCCUGCCCUCUCCCAUAAAGUUUUACAAAAAGUGACAGCUCCGACAACCGAUCCUCCUUUUCUACCAUUGUUUCGAGCAAAAAUCCGCUCGUUUUCAAUUUGCGAACCGCCACAAGUGCACAAUUGGUGAUCCGGCCGGUGGCGAGAGUGCGAAAACCACGGGGGGCCGAGUUUUGGUGCGAAAAAGCCCGCAAAUCCGCCAUCUGUUUAUUUACUCAAAGCAACGACCUUGUCCAAUAAAAAUAAACGACAGCGAAGGAAUUUGCAUUUUUUAAGUGGAACGACGCGGAAACUCGCACACUCCGUGAAAUUUACCGUCGCGUAAAUCAUCCCAAUCACCAGAACGCCAAUGUGAGUUUGCUAACGUGGGACGGAAAUUCACUAUUAUGGUUAAAAUCGGACCGACACCACUGCUAUGGCUGAGGAUAGCGGAAAGCCGCCCCAAAAACCCUACGAUUACCUGCUGAAGUUCCUUUUGGUCGGCGACAGCGAUGUCGGCAAACAGGAGAUCCUCUCAGAGCUCGACGACGGAGCCGCCGAGUCCCCGUUCUGCAGUGGAAGCGCAUACAAGACCACGACAAUCCUGCUCGACGGCAAGCGCGUCCGCUUGCAGCUAUGGGACACCUCGGGCCAAGGCCGGUUCUGUACCAUAAUCCGGUCCUAUUCAAGAGGUGCACAGGGUGUUUUGCUAGUUUACGAUAUAACAAAUAGGUGGUCUUUUGACGGCUUAGAUAGGUGGCUGAAAGAAGUCGACGAACACGCUCCAGGGGUGCCUAAAGUUUUAGUAGGAAAUAGGUUACAUUUUGCCUUUAAGAGGAAAGUCGGCGAGAGGGAUGCUCAGAUGUACGCCAACAGACACAGCAUGGCGUUCUUCGAAGUCUCACCUCUGUGCAACUUCAACAUUCACGAAAGCUUCUGUGAAUUAUCGAGAAUGGCUUUGCAACGGAACGGAAUGGAAAGGCUCUGGAGAUCGAAUAAAGUGUUGAGCCUCCAAGAACUUUGUUGUCGAGCCAUCGUAGCCCGAACUACAGUCUACAGCAUUGAACAGCUACCCUUACCGACGUGCGUAAAGUCCUACUUGAAGUCCUACGCAUUAACCACGACCUCGACUCAGCUCAAAUACACGCACAGUCAAAGGAAAAGCAACGGGCGCAAACUUAGGUUCAUCAGUACACCGACGUCGCCAGGAAGCGACACCAGAACGAGUUGCGUCCCGAGGAAUUCGUGUACCAUAUCUUGAUACUUGUUGUGUGUUUUUGUUUAAGUUCGUUAGGUUUUUGUGAUAUUGUACAAAAAUUAUUGUUUGAUAUAUUGACAUAUCAAGUGAAUACAUUAACUGUCAGGAACUAAUCAUUUCAAAUUUAGUUUGAAAAUGAGGCAGUUUGUUGCGUAACCGUCCUAGUUCGGGUAUAGUCGAUAAAUGUAAAUACUUGUCAUUUAUUUGAUUAGAGUACUUUGUGUAUCAGUGUGAUUGACAGGUCGGCUGGAAAAUGACCGCCUGUCGAUUUUUGACGUUUAUUGAGUACUUUAGUGGAUAAGUCAGUAUUGCACCUUAGUUGUUUGGUUUUUUGUAUAUAGUUGAUUGUGUUACCUUUUAAAUUAUGUAAAUAGCACCGCUUAAUUUAACCUGUACUUUUUUUUACUUUAUUUAUAUACUUUUUACUAACAGUUUUAUGUUACGUAAAUAGUUCUCACGUUAUUUUCUUAUUUAACAAGAUGUAUCUCAAUACAAUAAUUAUAACCGAUACUGAAUAAAUUUCUAUAUUUGGG